CCGAUGACAACGAAAUCCUGACCUGCCUGCAGAAUAUAGCGCAAGCCGAGGCGAUCAGAGACUACGAAGGAUUACCCGGACAAUGCAUUCCUCUGAAGGUGGGAAUGCUUUUUCGUCUUAAGGGCUUUUAACAUUCGCGCAUCAUGGCUAGUUUUGUAGAAUGUCACCUCUCACCCCCCGGUUACAUUAUCUGUUAGACGAAGAGCAGCUAUUUACGCCUUUUCAGUAUAUAUGUCCUAUUACUCAAAAGUAGUCGAAUUUUGAUCUUCUGUUUCUCUCCUUCCAUAUUGAAUUUAGAGUUCCUUGUCUAGACUGUUUGACAAUUAAUGCUGCUUUCUCAAACUUACUCUCAGUUGCCAUUUGUGACCGCCUAUUUUAGAAAGGCGAGGUACUUUACCUGUCGGAAGAAGAUGCCAAUUUCUAUCAUGGCCAGUCAGCAUCAGGCAAACAGGGCAAGGUUCCCAAGGAUGUCUGCAAAGUCACCGUGCAAUUGCACUGA